UGAAUAGGCGGUUGGAAACAGUUCUCACCGGUUCGCUCGAGUGUGCAGUUCCUCCGAUGGCGGCGACAAUCCAGAACACCGUGAAAGCGGCGCUUAGGAAGCGCAUCAAAGACACCCUUAAGUGCCUGGAUCCGGAGAACAUUGUCCGGCAAUCACAAGCAGUCACCGCAAAGGUGCUUGUCAGUGACGUUUUCCGGCAGGCCCAACGUGUAAGCAUUUACCUGAGCACCAGCACCGAACUGGACACUAAUGAGUUGCUCUCCGAGAUGUUUCGUCUGGAGAAGAUGGUGUUUGUGCCCACCUACGAGGGCAACAAGAUGAAGAUGGUGCGUUUACGUUGCAUGGAAGAGUACCAGAAUCUCCCAGUGACCAAGUGGAACAUAAAGCAGCCAGACUUUAAAGAACAACGUGAAGAUGCAAUGACUAAUGGCCACGGCAUUGAUCUUUUCCUUGUGCCCGGCGUGGCCUUCACCCGAUCUGGAGGACGCAUGGGUCAUGGAAUGGGGUACUAUGAUACUUUCCUUCGGCAGCACGCAGAGAAGUAUCCGCAAAAGAAGAUCUCCCUCAUGGCCCUGGCCUUGAACGAGCAGAUCGUCAGCAACGAGGAGCUGCCCAUGGAGUCGCACGACAUACGUUUGCAUAGUGUAGUCACGGAAUGCUAAAUUUAAAUUCAUGUAU